AUGGGAAAUGAUGGUAGCUCUAUAUCCAGAGUUAAAUCACUGCAAAUAGCAGUUAAUUCAUCAAGUAAGAAACUUCAGAAUUCAGACUCUCGAAACUUCGAUUCGGACUCCAAAUGGGCUGUGGAUAGACUUACGAGCUUGCCGCUCCGACUUCCCUUGGUCAGUGAUUAUCAAGGUAACCUGUUGAACAAAGAAUCGGUCCUCGAGUGGCUCUUGACACCAGAUAAAGAGGAUUACACCGAAGAACAGGUUCGAUUAUUUGGCCAUAUCAAGACACUCAAAGACGUCGUAGAGCUGCACAACAUAAUAUUUGAUCAACCGAAGCACAGGUCACCAUCUUUGAGGUGCGACGUAGGAGAUGAAAUACUGGGAAAAAGUUCAGGAAAACUUGCUUAUCUAGCACAGUGUGGGCAUGUGCUUCCGCGGCGUAUGCUUGGGUUUGAGUGUCCUGUUUGUGGUAUUGCGCACUCUGCCACUGAUAUUAUUACCUUAAAUCCAAGUUAUGAUGAGCUAUCCAUUCUCCAAGCACGCAUGGACGAACUCGAGCACAAAGGCCUUACUCACAGCGGGAGAACCGCGAAGUCCAAGAAACGCAGAAGCAAGCAGCGAGAGUGUGGAAAGAACUCAAAACGGCGCGCCGCAUGA